UUUCGCUGCGAACAAGUGGUGUAUAUUUUAUUCUCUCCUAAAGUUGGAUAAAUAAUAUAUUGCAUAAUCUGUGUUUUUUGUGAAUUCGUUACAAAACAUAAGUCAAACCUGUGUUUCCUCCAUUCGAGUGAUUAAUAUUAUAUAAUUUAUUAAAUUCAUAUAGUUGAUAAGUAUUUAUUUCACAAAAAGUGCUGUUGCAGCCCAUCUGCGGCCCGCGCCACUAUAGAAUAUAUUUUGGCCCUUUGGAUAUAUCGGCCAAGAACUGUCAAAAAUUUUCAACUUCAGCUUGCGUCGGUUGUUCUUCGCGAAGUGCGGUUGAUAUUCGUCGAUUUACGUGUGAAAUUUUGCGAAUAUCGAAGUGAAAUUACUUUCAAUUUAUAUAUUAAGCAUCAGUGUAACAUUAUCAAGUGAAUUUUCUAUACGAAACAAUGGAUUCAGUUGUUAAAAAGUGAAAACCUCAAAUUGCAAAUGGUGACGCACGCGGCGUUUGGCGUUUGAGAUUUGACAACCUCCCUUUCUACCAACACAUCCAAAGACACCACUACGAUCAAAACAGUCCCGUAUCGUAAACAUGGCUUCGAUGUAUGCGCAGACUACAUCGUCACCGCAAACACAACAGGUGAUUGAUUCAGUACAAAUGAACCAUUUUCGGAGCUUUGUAAAUAUGCUGGCCGAUCCAACCGCGAAGGAUGAAAUAAAAUUGAAGGCGGCCCAGGAGUUGAGUGAACAUUUUGAACUCAUCACACAAUGCAGUUCAUAUCCGGGUUUCCUCGAUCAUUCGUUGAGAAUAUUUCUGAAAAUUCUGCAAGAGGGCGAACCGCAGUUUAUCUCAGAACUGAAUUUGCAACAGGUUCGUAAAAUAAUUUUGGAAAUGAUACAUCGAUUGCCCACUUCGGAGCUGAUUCGACCUCAUGUGAAGCAAAUCAUUGUGCUGGCAAUUAAACUACUGCAAACAGACAAUGAGGAGAACGUUCUUGUUUGUUUGCGUAUCAUAAUCGACAUACACAAACAAUACAGACCACCAUUCCACCCGGAGAUUCAAGACUUCCUGUCGUAUGUAAAAACGAUUUACUCCGAUUUGCCAAAGCACUUGACUACAAUGUUCGAGCCAAAGCAACCGAUACGGGUCAAAGAUCUGAAGGAGGUUAAUUUUGAAGGUUUGCUCCCGGAAACAUUUACCAUUACCUCGAUUCAGGUCGAAAAAAAGACUGCAGACGGAAAAUUGUCCACGGUUACGUACAACUUGAUUCCAAAGGGCAUCAAUUCGUUGAAGGUGUUGCAAGAAUUACCAAUAAUUGUGGUAUUGAUGUAUCAAAUAUACAAAACCAACGUCCAUCAAGAAGUUGUUGAUUUUGUUCCACUGAUCAUGACAACCAUCACCCUUCAACCUUCUUUGAUCCAUAAGAAUUCCCCGGCAUUUAACAAAGAAAUAUAUGUGGAUUUCAUGGGGGCUCAAAUAAAGACAUUAGCCUUUUCGGCUUACAUCAUCAGGCUGUUCCAAGAUGUUAUACUGACCCACGCUCCAACUAUGGUUAAAGGCAUGCUCAAUCUACUAGAAAGUUGUCCCAAGGAAGUAGCACAUUUGAGGAAGGAGCUACUUGUGGCAACCCGACACAUUCUAGCGACUGAUCUUCGCAACCACUUUGUUUCGUCCAUCGAUAAGCUAUUCGAUGAGGAUAUUCUGCUUGGAAAGGGCUGGACUACGCACGAGUCUCUCCGUCCGUUGGCUUACUCUACUCUGGCUGAUUUGGUACAUCACGUACGGCAACACCUCAGCUUACCGGCACUGUCGAAGGCAGUUUAUCUGUUUGCGAAAAAUGUGCACGACGAAUCAUUGCCCACGAGCAUUCAGACGAUGUCCUGCAAGUUACUGCUCAAUUUGGUGGAAUGUAUCCGACUUAAAAGUGAUGUGGAACCAGCAGCGAGUCGGGAGCUACUCAUCACCAUGCUGAAGGUGUUUACUCAGAAAUUCCACACUAUUUCAAAGCUGCAGCUUCCGCAGAUAAUGCAGAAAUGGAAAUCGUUCAAGCCGGAGACUACUACUACAACCAGUACCACACCUGGAACGCCAUCCACCGCUCAAAGCACUCCGGCGCCAGGAACCACGCCACAACAUACUCCACAAACCCCGGCGGUUCAGGACAGCACCGUCCCCAAGGAUUUCCUUGGAAUGGAUCUAUCGGAGAAUUCCUUCAAAUUGACUAGCAUUGGCUUUCCCCAGCCCAACAAUCUCAACGUAACUGAAUACCGAAGUUUAGUAAAAACGCUCGUCUGCGGCGUGAAGACAAUUACGUGGGGCUGCCCUGCGGCUAAAAUUAACCCCAACGACCAUAACAUGCCAGCUUCCAAGCUAUUCAAUCCCAACGAGAUUCUAAUUUUCAUCGAUUUAUUCCACUGGGCUCUGGAGGCGCUUGACAUAUAUACGAUCAAUGUUCCAGCCAUGGGUAUGCCGCAGGCUUUGCCGCAACAGAAACAAGCUCUACAAAUGCCUCGCUCUAAGGAAGAGAAAGAAGUGCUUGAACAUUUCAGCGGCGUAUUUUUGACAAUGGAUUCGCAGAAUUUCCAGGAAAUUUUUGCCUCUACAAUUGAUUUCAUGGUAGAUCGACUGUACAAGAACUCGGCCCUUCAGGUGAUUGCCAACUCGUUUCUGGCAAACCCCAAAACAUCUCCGCUGUUUGCAACGGUUUUAGUUGAAUAUCUGCUGGAAAGGAUGGAAGAAAUGGGAUCCAACAUCGAGCGAUCGAAUUUAUAUCUAAGACUGUUCAAGCUAGUUUUUGGAAGUGUAAGUUUGUUUGCAGCUGAAAACGAGCAUAUGCUGCGGCCACAUCUGCAUAAUAUUGUUAACCGUUCUAUGGAACUCGCUAUGACGGCCAAAGAGCCGUAUAAUUACUUCCUCCUGCUAAGAGCACUGUUCCGCUCAAUCGGAGGAGGAUCUCAUGAUCUUCUAUAUCAAGAGUUCUUGCCGCUAUUGCCGAAUCUAUUGGAAGGACUCAACCGUCUACAGAGUGGAUUCCAUAAGCAGCACAUGAAGGAUUUAUUCGUGGAGCUUUGUCUAACUGUGCCAGUGCGAUUAUCUUCUCUGUUGCCAUACUUACCAAUGCUGAUGGACCCAUUAGUAUCGGCGCUAAACGGUUCGCACACGCUUGUUAGUCAGGGUUUACGAACGUUGGAACUGUGUGUGGAUAAUCUACAACCGGAUUUUCUUUACGAUCAUAUUCAACCGGUCCGAGCCGAUUUGAUGCAAGCAUUGUGGAGGACACUUCGUAAUCAAGACAGUGCUGCGGUUGUCGCAUUCAGAGUGUUGGGCAAAUUUGGCGGUGGUAAUCGAAAGAUGAUGAUUGAACCCCAACAGCUACUGUAUCAGGAAAGCGAUGCCAUCCAACCAGCCGUUGUGGCCUACUUCCAGGAACAUCGCAAACCUAUCGACUUCCCGGUCGAUAAAGUAAUUGAGACGGCGUUCAAUGCUCUAAAAACCAGUACCACCGAUCCGUUCUAUUGGCGGCAAAGUUGGGAAGUGAUUCGCUGUUAUUUGGCGGCAGCAAUCUGUCUGGAUGAUGAUAAGCAUACUUUACAAAAGCUUUUUAUGCACCCGAGCUUCACCGACAACAACGUGGUUGCUACUGGAACUCAUUAUACUUUGCAGGAUAAGCAAGCUCGACUUACUCAUCAAACAGCGCUAACAGGAAUGUUUGUAGCCGCCGCAACCAAAGAACUACGUGGUUCCGUUCUCCCUACAAUGGUAGCAGUCGUACGCCACUAUACGAUGGUGGCCAUUGCCCAGCAAGCUGGUCCCUUCCCUCAUAAACACCACCAGAUGAAUAAUGGCCUUGAUCCCUUGGUGCUUAUCGAUGCUUUGGCAGCUAUCAUGGGUCAUGAAGAAAAAGAACUCUGCAAACCUGGAAAUUUGGCUAUGGUUCUGAUUCUGGAAACUGCAACCAAUAUUAUGGGAUCAAAAGAACGAGCAUGCCGCUUGCCAAUGAUGCAGUAUCUCGCCGAGAAAAUGGCUGCGUUGUGUUACGAACGACCUUGGUAUUCAAAAAUGGGAGGUUGCAUUGCUCUCAAGUUUCUUUAUCAGAAUAUGGCUAUGAGGUGGUUGUACCAACACUUGUUCAUAUUUCUCAAGGCUUUUAUGUUCAUCAUCAUGGAUCUGACUGGGGAAGUCUCUAGUGGAGCCAUUGACAUGGCUAAAAAUUAUUUAGAAAAGAUGUUGAAAAUUUGUAUGACACCUCUGGACAGAGAUUGCAAAAACGAAGAAUUGAUCUCAACGCAGAAGAAAGCUAUGUAUGACGUUAUUCAUGAGUUGGUGAGACAAGUGACUAGCCCGCAUACUCUGGUGCGUGAAACGGCCAUGGCUUCGCUGAGGCUAAUUGCUGAACUUCAAGGUAAAACAGUAACCGAAGUCAUGAGCCCACAUCGUGAAGUGUUAGUCGAUAUGAUUCCUCCGAAGAAGCACCUGCUUCGGCAUCAACCAGCUAGUGCUCAGAUUGGAUUGAUGGAUGGCAAUACCUUCUGCACAACUUUGGAGCCGCGGUUAUUCACUAUUGAUCUCACUAUACUGACCCAUAAAGUUUUUUAUCAUGAAGUACUGACACUAUCCGAUGCAGAAGACACUACUUUGAACAAGUUGGAUUGUUACAAGACGGUGACGAAUUUGAUUCCGCUUAGAAAAAGUGCCCUGCGAGCGUUGGCAGCUUGUCAUUACAUACCAAAUGGGUGCCGGGAGAAAAUCUUUUCCAUUUUGUUCAAAGCAUUGGAAAAGAACAAUGUUGAACUACAAGAAGCGGCAUUCGAAUGCAUGCAAAACUUUUUGCAAGGAUGCACCGUUGAUAAGGAGACCAUUCACGCUGGUAUUCGUCCUUUACUGAUGCAACUAGGUGACCAUCGUAAUCUGACGCUGAAUGGCGCCAAGCGCUUGUCCUACUUAACGCAGCUGUUCCCUUCAAUGUUCAACGAAAAACUAUGCGAUUCGCUGCUACAAAUUGUCAAGAAACUCCUGGAAAGCUCAAUCGCAGCCAAUAAGGGAUCUAACUUUUUGGCAGCAUCGAAAACAGGCGAAACGGAGCAAAAGAUAGUGACAAUUAUUGGCAUUUUCCAUCAAAUUCCAGCCGCUUCGGCUAAGUUCAUCGAUAGCCUCUGCAAACUGAUUUUGCAAACCGAGAAAAGUCUGAUGAUUGAGCCGUGUUCGCCAUAUCGUCCACCGUUGGUUAAGUUCCUGCUUAAAUUUCCGAAGGAAUCUAUGGAAUUGCUUUUGAGUGAUGUAAAUGUGAAAGAUGCCCAAUGGAACCGUUUUAUGAUCUAUCUACUGAAGCACAAGGAUGGUUUACCGUUCCGGAAUGCUAUACAGGAGAAGGGACCUAGGUUGAUUCAGCUCAUAUUUAUCAAUUCGGAGGGAAGUGUGGCCAUUGCACAGGGGAAACCAAUUGAAGAUAGGUACGAGGCUCAGAGACAAGCCAUUCUCAUCAUUUUCACACUAAUAGAAUUUGACAGUCCUUGGAUUUCGAGUCAAACUGACAUCAUUGCGGCAUUGAAGAACAUAUGGAAGAAUGAUUUGUAUAAGACUUGUCAGUCAUCCGUGGUUUGCGAUAUGUGGCAUCUGGUGGCAAAGAUUUUGAUUGAAUACUUUUCGCACAACACGAAUGAAAUACCGCUGCUGUUCCAACUGUUAAGAGCACUGUGCCUUCGAUUUAUACCGGAUUUCCAAUUCUUCCGAGAUUUCCUGCAAAACACCGUCUGUCAAAGCUACACCGUCGAUUGGAAAAGGAAGGCUUUCUUCCACUUUGUGGAAUGCUUCAGCAGUCAAGAAGUUUCGCAGGAUCUGAAAGCGAAAAUUUUGACCAUGGUAAUCAUUCCAAGCUUUGCUGUUAGUUUCGAGAAGGGCGAAGGGAAUAAGCUUGUGGGAGCACCACCGGCACCGUAUUUAGAAGAUGAGAACAACAUCGUGUCGGUGUUCAUCAACAAAGUCAUUGAUCCGGAGAAACCGUUUGCGAAUGAAGAUGCUGUGAGGAUUGCUUUGUUGCAGUUUGCAUGCUUGUUGGUGGAACGAGCUUCGCCACAUAUCCAUGAUGGAGAUGCCAACAAUAAGCGGGAAGGAAACAAGCUGCGGCGACUGAUGACGUUUGCUUGGCCAUGUCUGUUGCCGAAGAAUUGUGUAGAUCCUGCUGCUAGGUACCAUGGCCAUCUGUUGCUUAGCCACAUCAUAGCUAGGUUAGCAAUUCAUAAGCGGAUCGUACUACAGGUGUUUCAUUCAUUGCUAAAGGCUCAUGCCGUUGAAGCUAGAACGGUGGUUAAACAGGCACUAGAAGUACUUACACCAGCAAUGCCGUUGCGCAUGGAGGACGGAAACACUAUGCUGACCCAUUGGACGAAGAAAAUCAUUGUCGAAGAAGGCCAUUCAAUGCAGCAGCUUUUCCACAUCUUACAGCUACUGGUUAGACAUUUCAAAGUAUAUUAUCCUGUACGGCACCAUUUGGUUCAGCAGAUCAUCAACUCAAUGCAUAGGCUUGGCUUUACCGUCAAUGCCACCAUAGACUAUCGCAAGCUAUCCGUUGAACUGGCGGAAGUAAUCAUCAAGUGGGAACUUCAACGUAUCAAGGAAGAAACCGAUGGUGGCAGUAGCACAACGGAAGACGAGGAUAAUAAACUUCAAACGGACACUAAACUGCAGCUAACUGGUGCGGUGAAACGAACCGCUCAAGAUGAAGAAGCUCGAAAGAAGUUAGCCACCGGUGAAACUAAUCCUCAACCAUCUCCAAGUACUUCAACUGGAACAACAACCGCUGGUGUAGCUCCUAAAGUUGAAGGAUCCGGUAGGCCAAUUGAUCGGGCCCAUUGUGAUGCGGUGCUAAACUUCUUGUUCCGAAUGGCGUGCCAACUCAACGAUGUCUCAACUACUCCAGGCACUAUAUCGCCCGGAGAAAGUUUGUCCAGAAGAUGUGUCAACCUGCUCAAGCUGGCCAUUAAGCCGGAGGUGUGGCAGCAACCCUUUGACUUGAAGCUAACAUGGUUGAACAAAGUAUUCACUAGUAUUGAAGGACAGCAGCCAAACAUUGGAAAUAUUUGCACUGCCCUGGAGUUGUUGACUUUCCUACUGACAGUGCUAAAAAAGGAACAGAUUCUAACUACGUUCCGUCCCUUGCAGCAAGGUCUCUCUGCUUGCGUUACUUGUCCUAACACCCGAGUUAUCAAAUUGAUGCAUGGACUCCUGACUCGCCUUAUGUCAAUUUUUCCAACUGAUUCGCAUCACAAACAUGAUGAGUUGGAAACUCUUUACGCCACCAUCAGUAAAAUGAUAUCCGAUAACUUAACAGCGUUCGAGAAAAAUGCACAAGCAAAUCCCUCAACUUUGUUUGGAACCCUAAUGACUCUUAAAGCAGCAUGCACUAACAAUCAAAGCUACAUAGAUCGACUUGUAAUCCCGCUCAUGAGAUUGCUAAACAGACUGACAAAGGAUCACCUAAGCGGGAUCGCAAAUAAUCAAAACGGCAAUGGUGAGGCUGCAACUAAUACCGGAUCAAUUGCCCUGGAGCUACUCGUGGUUUCGCUGGAUUUAGUGAAGAACCGAGUAGUCGUGAUGAGCGUAGACAUGAGAAAGAUGUUUAUUGGGGGAAUUCUAGUGGGAUUGAUCGAGAAAAGCAACGAUGUAAAAGUGAUUAAAGCAAUAGUCAAGAUGAUUGAGGAGUGGAUGAAAAACAAAAAUUCUCCGGUCACUGUCUCGCAAGCACCAACCUUACGUGAGAAGUCCAUCCUAUUGGUUAAGUUGAUGCAGUACGUGGAGAAACGGUUUGCUGAUGAUCAGGAAUUGAAUGGACAGUUUUUGGAGCUGGUGAAUUACAUAUAUCGCGAUGAACAACUCAAAAUAACCGAACUGACUUCCAAAUUGGAAGCCGCUUUCUUGGCGGGAUUGCGUUGUAACCAGCCGAAAAUACGAGCCAAGUUCUUCGAGGUGUUUGAUGGUUCCAUGCGACGCCGACUUCACGAUCGUUUACUCUACAUCAUAUGCUCUCACGCAUGGGAUUCGAUUGGACAGCACUACUGGAUUAAGCAGUGCAUCGAGCUGUUAAUUUUGACGACGAACACCACGACGCAGAUUCAAAACAGCAAUGAGAAUCACUUGCUGCCAAGCAUAUCUUCGGUUAUCAACUUGGCCGAGUCAGAUGAGAAGAAAAAUUUCGUAAUCUAUACAUCCUUGCAGAACGACCCUACGGAGACGUUCGAUCCCAUCGAAGACAAGGAGGACGCUUUUGAUAUGGACAUGAGCGUGGAUUCGAAUAUUUCCCGACACGAAGAGAGUGAGCGUCCUGUUGCCAAUCGUCAGGCCGCUUUGGCCAAACUCAUAAGUCGUCAAGCAGAGUUUUUGGAAGCAAGUCGUAAAGUUCGUACGGAACAAUUGCUAGUGGCCACCGCUCAGCUGUGCCACAUGGACACCCAACUGGCGGAAAGGGUGUGGCUCGAUGUGUUCCCGCGUCUAUGGUCAAUAUUGGACCACGGCCAACAGCAGUCAUUGGAUCGAGAAAUAGUGCCAUUCCUAUCCUCCGGAACGCAUAUUAUUCAAAAAGAUUGUCACCCAAGCGCACUGCAUACGUUCGUGGAAGCUUUAUCACAUUGCGAUCCACCUGUCUACAUCCCGCCAAACUUGAUGGCGUACUUAGGUAAGGCGCACAAUUUAUGGCACCGCAUGACAUUGAUGCUAGAGGAGAUGGCGCUGGAUUGGCCCAAUAGAAAGGAAAGCAUUUCUGAAUAUGCGGAAUUUGAUGAGGAAAAUUGCCGAGAUGGAUCUUACGUUAUGGACCCUCUUUCCCAGAUGUAUUCUUCAUUGCACGAGGAGGACUUGUGGGCUGGAUUGUGGCAAAAGUAUGCUAAAUAUCCAGAAACAAACUUAGCAAUUGCCCAUGAGCAGAUGGGAUUCUUCGAAGAGGCUCAAAGUAUUUACGAUUCGGCAAUGACUCGUUUCAAACAAGAUCUCAACAGUGGGACAACUCCGCUAGACAUGAAUAGUGAAUUAGUUUUGUGGGAAAAUCACUGGAUCCGAUGUGCAAAAGAACUCAACCAAUGGGACAUCCUUAUGGACUACGGUCAACUGAAUAAACAUAAGAAUUCUUUUCUAAUAAUGGAUAGCGCUUGGCGGGUUCCGGAUUGGACACUCAUGAAGCAGGCACUCUCCAAAGUGGAACAAACCUACCCGAAACAAGUAGGCUACAAGUUUAAUCUUUAUCGAGGUUAUCUGACCAUUUUGAAUCAAGAGGAACAACAUCCGUCUGUGGAGCGUUAUGUUGAGGUGGCGUCCGCCUAUUGUAUGCGCGAGUGGCGCCGGUUGCCACCCAUUGUUUCGCACAUUCAUCUUCCCAUUUUGCAAGCCUCACAACAAAUUAUGGAACUGCAAGAAGCAAGUCAAAUUCAUCAAGGUGUGGUGCAGAACAGAAGUUCGUCUCUACAUGAUAUGAAAGCGAUCGUUAAAACGUGGCGCAAUCGAUUGCCGGUCAUUGCGGAUGAUUUGUCUCAUUGGAGUGACAUCUUCACUUGGAGACAGCAUCAUUACCAGAUUAUCACGUCCCAUUUGGAGCAGCAGGGUGACAGCAAUGGGCCAUGUAUGCUGGGAGCGCAUGCUUCGGCACAGACAAUCAUCCACUUUGGUAAAAUUGCCCGCAAGCAGAAUUUAACAGGAGUUUGUCAAGAUUCGUUAUACAGGAUUUAUACGAUACCUUCGGUGCCGGUCGUCGAUUGUUUCCAGAAAAUCCGGCAACAGGUCAAAUGCUGCUUACAGAUGGCUGCUGUCAAUAACAGUCGAUCGGAAUUGUCCGAAGCACUGGAGGUAAUUGAACCAACCAAUUUGGACUACUUUUCCAAGGAAAUGACGGCAGAGUUCUAUGCGUUGAAGGGACUGCUGCUGGCCCAGACCGGUCGUUCUGAAGAAGCUAACAAAGCAUUCAGUGCAGCUACUCAGUUGCACGAUACGCUCAUCAAAGCAUGGGCCCUAUGGGGAGAUUAUUUGGAACAUAUUUUUACCAGAGAUCCUCGCCAAAUCAACCUCGGAGUGUCUGCAAUGACAUGUUUCCUGCAUGCUUGUCGGAAUCAGAAUGAAAGCAAGUCUCGCAAAUAUCUAGCGAAAGUGCUGUGGCUACUGUCAUAUGACGAAGAUAAAUCUCUACUUGAGGCUCUUGAUAAAUACGCAGUUGGAGUGCCACCAAUUCAGUGGGUACCGUGGAUACCUCAACUACUUUGCUGUCUGGUACAGUACGAAGGAACCGUUAUCCUUAAUUUGCUAAGUCAAGUGGGACGAAUGUUUCCUCAAGCAGUGUAUUUCCCCAUUCGAACGCUCUAUCUUACUUUGAAAAUAGAACAAAGAGAAAGAUAUAAAAGCGUUGAGGCAUCUGCCGCGGCACAAAAAAUGGCAGCAAACAAGACUGAAGCAGGAGCCGUUUCUGGGGGUGGUCAAGUUACUAUUUCCACUCAACCUGGAGGUUCCGGCACUCAACAGCAACAGCAACCUGCGACUCCCGGCCAACCGGGCCAGGCACAACCCGGAACAGAAAAUCAACAAUCAGCCGCCGGUGGUAAUCUGCAGGCAACCACAACACCUAUCCGAGCAACACCACCUAUGUGGCGAUGCUCCAAGAUUAUGCAUUUACAGCGUGAUAUUCAUCCAACGGUUCUGAGCUCUCUAGAGGGCAUCGUCGACCAAAUGGUCUGGUUCCGCGAAAAUUGGUACGAAGAGGUUCUGCGACAGCUACGUCAAGGAUUGACAAAAUGUUAUGCAAUUGCAUUCGAGAACCGUUGCUCGGUUAAUGAGGCGACUAUAACUCAACACACGCUCAAUUUCGUCAAGAAGUUGGUUUCCACUUUUGGCAUUGGAAUUGAAAAUAUCUCAAGUUCCGUUUCGUCGAACUUCUCGUCGGCCGCUUCGGAGUCAUUAGCGAGACGGGCACAGGCAACAGUUCAGGACCCCGUUUUCCAGAAAAUGAAAAGCCAGUUCACCAGCGAUUUCGAUUUCUCCCAACCAGGUGCCACCAAACUCCAUAAUCUGAUCAACAAGCUCAAAAUUUGGAUAAAGAUUCUGGAGAACAAAACUAAACAACUGCCGAAAUCUUUCUUGAUCGAAGAAAAGUGCCGUUUCUUGUCCAACUUCAGUCAGAAGACAGCAGAGGUCGAAUUGCCUGGGGAACUUUUAUUACCGAAACAUUCACACUACCACAUUCGGAUUGCUCGCUUUAUGCCACGAGUGGAUAUCGUGCAGAAGCACAAUACCGCGGCGCGACGUCUCUACAUACGUGGAACCAACGGCAAGAUCUAUCCGUACUUGGUAGUGAACGACACAGGCUUGGGUGAUGCCCGACGGGAAGAACGUGUCUUGCAGUUGUUGCGUAUGUUGAACAACUACCUUGCCAAGCAGAAGGAAACUUCACGGAGAUUCCUGCACAUCACAGUGCCACGGGUGGUGGCAGUCUCACCACAGAUGCGUCUGGUAGAAGACAAUCCGUCAAGUAUUUCACUGCUCGACAUUUACAAGAAUGGGUGUACCAAGUUGAAUAUUGAGCACGAUGCGCCAAUCGCCAGGUAUUACGAACGCUUGGCUAAGGUUCAGGCUCGUGGUUCGCAAACCAGUCAUACAGUGCUGCGAGAUAUUUUAAGAGAAGUACAAACCACGAUGAUUCCUAAAACUAUGCUUAAAGAUUGGGCAGUCCGGAAUUUCCGCUCGGCAACGGACUAUUGGCAGUUUAGGAAGAUGUUCACUCUCCAAUUAUCGUUAUCCUGUCUGAUGGAGUAUUGCUUGUUCCUUACUCGACUGAACGCCGAUAUGAUGUACCUCCACCAGGACUCUGGUCUAAUGAAUGUAUCAUACUUCAAGUUCGACGUUGAUGAUAGCACUGGCCUGUUGGAUGAUAGUCGACCAGUUCCAUUCCGGUUGACGCCAAACAUAGUGGAAUUCCUAUCGACGAUUGGCGUUUCAGGUCCAUUGACGGCUUCUACCAUAGCUACUGCGCGGUGUCUGGUGCAACCGAAUUUCAAGCUUCCCACCAUUCUGCGAGCUAUUCUGCGAGAUGAAAUCAUUGCUGUGCAGAAGAAACGAAUUUUAGAUGAAAAGAUCAUCGAUCUCAACACGGAUCUCUCACAGGAAAAUCCAGCUGUGGAAAUCGAUUCAGAGACUGUUAUUGGUACCGUGAACAAAGCUGUCAACAACAUCAUGGCCCGACUGAAUUGCUUGGCUCGGUUUGAUAAUUCUGAGGUGAAGAAGAUGAGUACACUUGUACAAGUAGCCAGCAAUGCGGAUAAUCUUUGCCGAAUGGAUCCGACGUGGCAUCCUUGGUUGUAAGGAUUCUUUAUCUAACGAUGGUCUGAGUGUUUUAACUAUUGUUUUAGCAGUUAGAAUAACAAUUUAAACUUUUUUUUCUUAAUAAAGUAUUUCAUCAAAAAACUUUAAA